AUGGCAGAUCCAAAAACACCUUCUCCUUCAGGCUUUGCCUCAGCUGAGAAAAUGACAAAUUCAUUUUCAUCUUCAACUCUGAACAACACACUACCUACCAUUACUGUAAAACUAGGUGAAAGGAAUUAUGCCUACUGGAAGUCUCAAGUGUUUCCAGUCUUGAAAGCUUACGAAUUGGAAAGUUUCGUUACAAGUGAAAAACCUUGUCCUUCUGCCCCUAUUCUGUCCUCAACCGAUGAAUCUAAAAGAUUAAUCGAUUCUGAACAUGUAAUGUGGAAGAAAAUUGAUCAAUUCUUGUUCAGCUGGUUAAUCUCCUCUAUAUCAGAAACUGUUGAAGCUUCUAAAAAACGAACAGAAACUAUGUUCAGGCAUGCAGCAAAUUGUGAAACUGCCUAUGAUACAUGGCACACCUUAGAGAUGCAUUUUCUUAUUGAUUCUAAGGCUAGAGUGUUGCACUUAAGAAAUCAAUUGCAAACUAAUAGGAAAGAUAAUUCUAGCAUAUUUGAAUAUGUGUUGAAAAUGAAGGAAAUUGCUAGUGGUGUGACCGUGAGUGAUGAAGAGUUACUACUAUACAUACUUGAUGGCCUUGGCUCUGAAUAUGAUGCCAUGGUAGCAGCCUUAACCAUAAGAAGUAGUGAGGUAUCUCUGCAAGAGGCUUAA